AUGUCCUUUAGGUUGCUCGAGCCAGGAAACCUGGUUCCUGAGAAUGGAGCAGCUGCAGUAGAUCCAUCAAAUAAGCCCGGCGCGGCUCGAGCCAGGUGCAGCUCUCUGUUUUCACGGAGUCGGUAUGCGUCCGGUGAGUUGCUUAUUCAUUCAAGUGCAAUUAAGUUGCUUGUGCGAGAGUGUGUCGAGCCCGGAUUUAUCCAUUUCUUUUCUGACAUGCUGGGCACGGUACAACCAACUCCCAGCUUGAAAAUCUGA